AUGAGGCUUCUCAGCUCAACAACCCUUCUGGGACUUCAAGUCCUCCUCGGCACUCUAUCCGUCGCUUUGGCGAACAGCAAAGAUAUCAACGAUCAAAACCGACUUAUAGUACCUCAGCACGAAACAACGUCUCAUUUCAAAGAUGCUGAGUUUCCAGGAGGAUCCUCCUCCAACACCUCGUUCCAGGUCACAGCAGUCCUCAACUCGCCCUCGCCGCCCUACCACGCUAUAAUCGAAUGCUGGGCGCUCGCAGCUCCCUUCAAUGUUUACCCAACGGUGGGAGUCGCGUUGGCCCUUGGUGAUGUCAGUAAUGCCACUUACGUGGUACUGCCGCCGCGUAGUGGCGAGGGCUGGCAUCGCCCGCCUGCUAACAUGUAUUUCGUUCUACUUUCCGGUGCCGCCCAUGUCCAUGCACCCAAGCCCAACUCAUCCACAGGAAUGGUGGACAAAUUGCGGCACGGACGCAAACACGCGCACGCGCACGAACAUCUAUACAUCAAGCCUGGGUGGAAUCAGCUCAUCAUCGCCGUGGAUAGCGACCUACGUGCUCCAGGCCACCUGACUUACUACCCAGGAGACACGGAGACGGUGGCGCUACAGAUUCCUUUUUUCAAUGGCGUGAUUCCGGAUCAUGUUUUUGUUAGACCCGGUGCAUGUGAAGGGCCGACUGAUGACGCUGGAGAGCACUGGUGGGUAUAG